UUGAUUAGCAGUUGUUGAACUUCAAUCAACAUUUACAUACAGUUUAGUCAUUAGUUUUGCUUACAUUGUAUUGUGCUGGCAUGGCAUGCUUUGUUGUUUUUUGGGUUUCUUUAUUUCUUUCUUUGGUGUUUUUUUUCAGUGUAAUAAUCUAAUUUGGCUUCUUCUUUUUUUUGUUCCUGUUCUGUCUUCAGUUGUCAUCCUCCGGAAGGUCAAGGUGCGUUUUGUCCAGAAAUUCUUCUGUUUUUCUCGUUUCAUGUUUUUAGUGGUUUGGCCAUGGUUUCUAAUAAGGUCCGACUUGAAUUGCAUACCCCGGAGUUACACGCCGUCCUUCUCGUGGUCCUCUCCGAGUUCGUCCUCUCCGAGUUCAUCCCUUCCAAGUUCUCCGAGUUCUGUUUGGAGGUGCUCUUCCAGCUCAAGAAGCCCCCAACGGAGCCCCCAGCGGAGUGAUGUGGAUAAUCCUAUGAACAAUUUGCAUGGUAGGAGAGGGCGAACUCCUAUUUCAGGAAGAGGGCAUCAAACAAUUCCUCUGCACCACAGAACCCCCAGCUACUCACCUCCUCGUAGAUCUCGUAUGUACUCUAAUCAUCGGAGGCAUUAUAGUCGAUCACCUAGUUAUUCAUCUGACCUAAGCAGGAGAAGGUCAUACUCUCCACAUUACAGUCGUCGGAGGGCAUCUCCUUCCUACAAUCGUCGGAGGGCUAUCUCUUUACUACAGUCGGCUGCCCAAAACAUACUGUGCUCAGUGCAAUCGGUAUAGACCUUACUCUUACAGCAGGUCACCAGUGAGACACCGUUACCUGGCCGACUCACCAUAUGACUCCAGAGGGUAUUCACCAGAUGAUUCUUACCACGUAAGAAGGUAUCGCCAUGGAAGGCAGUCUCCCAGUCCACUUGGGGCAAGGAGAAGGUCAAGGAGGAGCUACUCGCAUAGUGUCUCUCCUAGGCCUAGGAGGAGUUACAGGAGGAACUACCCCAGACUUUCUCCUGAACCAGAAAGGAGGACGGUAAGGGAGAGCUACUCUCCAAGUUCAUCUCGUAGACACAGGAGCUUGAGGUCUUACAGGCGUUCGCCUGGGUGGAGAUACUCCACCAAUACUGACUGGAGUUACUACCAACCGAAGCAGGCUGAGUGCAUGUUUCAGAUACGGUUCAAGAUAUGCUACUCCUAGGUCUAACUUCACCUUCAUCAUGAAAGGUGUUUAUUCUGCACAUCUAGCUUUUUAAGGGGUUUGCCAUUUGGUGAUGUUGGUAAUGGCGGACAAUUGAGUUUGGGAUUGUACUUCACUCUUGAGAUGCUGGUAUUCUUAGAAAAGAUUCCAACUAAAUAAUAAUAUACCGAAAUUAUGGGCAUGUUAGAAAAUGCUUUGAAAUAAUAAAUAAGUGUCGAAGUUUCAAGUCUGCAUUGUAAAGAAGUCAUAAACUGAUCAAUUACUAAUAUAAGGAAGACAAUCAUA